UUCACUUGAGCAGACAUGCCCUCCGGGGGGCUGCAGUUCUGCCCGGGCCCGGCGGAGGAUCACAGCUCCCUGCCCGCCCCUCUGGCUGCAGCCUCCUCCCGCCCCGGUCUGGCUGAGCCACUGAACCGCCUAGCUCCGAUCAGCACCGGAGCCAGGCACCUAAACCUUAAUCCCUCCCCCCGCGGAGCACAAGGGGGUGGCAGAGAACUGAACUAGAGGCUGAGCCCAUAAAACUUGGGAGCAUUUUAAGGGAGAGUCUCCCCUACCUGUUUGCCCUAAGGAGCUGGGCUCCGGAAAACACCUUUCCUAAAAUCAGAGCUGGCAAUAGGGAGUGAGACUUUCCUGGCACAUGGGGAUUUAGAAACAUCCUGAUCUCUAUUGCAGCCUAGAGGUAUGACUGCACAUAAAAGUUUUUUCAGGAUAUCCCAAAAUGUCUGCCCCACAUUUUUUAAACUCGUCUGCUAUUUUGAAAUAUAGCGCACAUGAUAUUUUGAUGUCCCUGCAAACCUUGUUGCACAAGGGAUAAGAGAUGGCUCAAAGUAGUGUUUUAUUCGAAAUUUGUGCUGUGUGGACUCCACCAAAUUUCAUAAUAGCCUUUUUCAAAAUAGACUUGAAAUAAGCUAUGCAAUUUGCAUAAUGCAAAUUGUGUAUCUUAUAUCAAGUUUAGGGCGCCGUAUAGACACACCCUAGGUGACCCAUCUGACUUUUACAGCCCUGUUUGAGCCCUCAUCUUCCCUGAAUAAGGGUUAAACCUCAGGACUGAGUCCGGAUGCCUGGAUUCUGUUCCUACAACUGAUACUGACUCUGUGAAUGUGGCAGGUGUUGGGAUUCAUCUGCCUCUGCCUUAAUUCCAUCCUCUCUGCCAUGGUUGUAAGCAGGCUCAGUCAAAGACCCUAGAGAUCUGUGAAGAUAGACCAUUAGGGUUUGCAAAGUCCUUGGAAUUACAUACAUAAAUCUGAACAAGCAACACCUGACUUAUGAUGCCCCUGCAUUUACAACCAUUUUUUUCAUGUGAGACAGCUCCUAACUCCCCUCCCUGUUUAUGUCCACAGCUUGCAUUUAUGACAGCAUACGACACAGACUCCACAAGUCAACCCAAAACAGGAAACACACGCUUACAGUUCGGCCAGGGAGCCUGGAGCUGGGAAGGAGCUGGAACCUGGACCCGCCCGGCCACGCUUUGCUGCUGCUGCAUCAGACCUGCCACACAGAGAGGAGCCGAGCCCGGCCCAGCACCUGCGGCCCAACUGCGGCUGAGAAAUCAUGGGGGCAACGGAUGUGCGCCCUGAGAGCCAACCCCCGCUGCUGGAGCUGCAUGUUGAUGCCAAUAGACACCUGGAGAUGGAAGGGGAGACAGAGCUACGCUGUAACUACAACAAAUGUAUAGUUGUCCUGGGAGUAACAGUCUUCGUUCUCCUCAUCGCUGUUAUUGUCCUGGCAGUGGGGUUAUCUGGCCACUCUCCAGCUGCGCGGGGCCCCUGCUGCCCGGAUUGCUGGCUUGGCUACCAGGGGAAAUGCUUCUAUUUCUCCACGGCUGAGGGGAACUGGACCAACAGCCGGAGCCGCUGCUCUGCCCUGGGGGCCUCCCUGGCUGGGAUUGACACCCUGCAGGAAAUGGCUUUCCUGCUGCGGUAUAAAGGCAAACCCUACCAUUGGAUCGGCCUCCGGAGGGACCCGGGGCAGCCCUGGAAAUGGACCAAUGGCACCAAAUUCAACAACCUGUUUGAUAUCAGGGCAGAUGGUGACUGCGCGUAUCUGAACAGUGAGAACGGGGUCAGCAGCUCACGAUGCACCGGGGAGCGAUACUGGAUUUGCAGCAAACCUGAUGUAUUUACAGAGAAGAUGGAGGCUCGUAACGGGAGUGUUGUAGAAUUAGCUAUGGGAAAGCUGGACUGAUCUUUCUUCAGCAUCACACCUGAGCCUUUCCAGAGUGUCAGGGGCUGCUCUGAGCCUCUCUGGGUGAAACCACAAAAGUCGUUUGCACAUUUCGUCCUCUCCCCACGGCUGCCUGUUUUCCCUGCCAGUGGAACUGCUCAGAUUGGCCUUUCCCACCUACCUCACCUGACACAGGGAGUCUGGAUCUUCCUUGAGCUGAAAGCUGCAGCACCAGCCUCAACUUUCCCUGCCUGAGCACCCCACACAAAAGUUUUUUCGCUUCAGUGAAGUCUUUGUGGAGCCUUUUAAAAUACUCACCAUUCCUAUUCCAUAGAGUGGGACAAAGCUGAACAGGAAAUGGUGCUUCCCUUCCCUCCAGGAUGUUUUUCAACAUGAAUUUCUCAGGAUCACUUGUAAUUGUGGUGAGCACCCAGCGGAUUUUCAAGUUUAUGGUUUAAACCAAUUUCUCUUUGAGACUUUUUAAUUUUUAUAAAAGCCUAAAACAUUAAA